AUGAAUAGUCUUUUAAAUAUGCAGGUGGCCUAUGCGAGCGCCCGGACCGGCGCAGUUCAGCACUCCAGGGCUAAAGUGAGCACCAGCAUUUCUGUAACCUUGUCUUCCAAACUCCCAGGGGACGAUGCUGAACUCGGGCUGAUCCUGGUGAGGAAAACUGGUGGCGGGAAGAGCGCGACAGGCAACACCCUCCUCGGCCGGAAGGCAUUCAAGUCCAUCUUGGUGGCCAAGACCACCACCCUGAGGUGCCAAAGGGAGCUGGGCAGCUGGCAGGGCACGACGAUGUCUGUGGUCGACACCCCUGGCCUGUUUGACCGUGACGACUACACAGAGAUGGUGCGGCGGGACAUCCUGGCUUGCAUUCAUCUCUCCUGGCCCGGCCCCCAUGCCCUCAUCUUGGUCACCCAGGUGGGACGCUUCACCGCCGAAGAUGCCGCCGUGGCGAAGUGCAUCUGGGAUAUCUUUGGGCCUGAGUCCACCAGGUACACCAUCAUCCUCUUUACCUGUGCGGAGGAUUUGGGUGGGGACUCCCUGCAGGAGUACGUCCGAAACUCCGACAACUGGAAUCUGUGCGACCUGAUUUGGCAGUGCGGGAACCGCUUCUGCGGGUUCAACAACAAGGCCGUGGGAGCCGAGCGGGUGAGGCAGGUGUCGGAGCUGAUGGCAAUGGUGCAGAGGACCGUUUUCGAGAAUGGUGGGCGAUACUAUGUCAACCGGCUGUACCUGGAGCUCAACGUACGGGACGAGCAUGUCCGGGGGUUCUUCGAGAAGAACCCCCAGCCAUCCCGAAGCAUCGUCGACAUACUCUUGCUCUGCUCCCUUCCAUUCUGGUUCAUCUUUUAUGUUGGCGGAUGGGCGUUGUCCUGCCUGAAAAAUGUAGUUGUCGUGGCAUUGUCCUGCCUGAAAAAUGUAGUUGUGUCGUUUUCCUGCCUGAGAAACGGACUUGUCGCCACGUUCCGAUACUUCUUCCCUUAAGCGUUCGAGUCCUGACUUUGUUUCGUCUCCAGGUCACAAAAACGACAUGCAGCUGGUACUCAAGCUACGAUUCAUGGUGGAGCCCCCAAAUUUCUGUGGCUAGGGGAAGACCUUUGUGAGGGGGCACUUUGUGUCCCCCCCCCAUUUUACGGCCUUUCCUGUCACUGUCGUUCGCCAAAUCACUGUCGGGGUCAAAACCGUUGUGAAGUGAAUCGGGCUUCCCCGUUGACUUUGCUCAUUGGAGGGUCGCCAAAUCAGGAAAUCUCCUGAGCCCGCCAUAAAUACGAGUCAGUGGCUGAGUGUCCGAAUUUUGAUCACGUCAGCAGGGGACUGCUGCAAUGGUCGCAAGGAUGGAUGGUCCGAAGUCACUGUCUUCAGCGCUGUUGUAAUUUUGAACAGUCACUAAACCAUUGUAAAUUGAGGACCCUCUGUGAUUUUGAUUUUCCUUUCUUUAAUGGAGAAGUAAGGCACGUUGCCGAGA